AUGCCAGGCCACUGGCUCCCUCACUGCCAUUGGAGCCGGAGCACCUCAUCCCAUCUUAGACUCGCUCCUUGUGCUGAACCGAAAUCAACCGAACCCCAGCACAGCAUCAUGAGCUACGUAAUGCCUACAAAAGUUCAAACGUUAAGUUCGCAUCCCACCAGCGCGUACAAAAUAGAACUCUCAUUCGUUCUGCAAUUACGCCACGAAUUGGCUUCCGCCGACGGAAAGACCGAAUACGCGUGCUCCAUGUCCUCCACGAAAUUAGGCGUGAAAUAUUCUUCCAGUGCCAAGUCCGGUCAAAUUUAG